AUGCAAUUUUAUCCAAUUUCAAAAAAAAUACCCACACGACUCAACUAUGAACUUGUCAAGAAAUAUUUGGAACCCCUGAAAGGUUCAGUCAUCUAUCUUACAGGACGAAGGACUCAAGCAAGGGAUGAUACAGAUGUUGAACUCGAUUUUCGCCAAGAGAGCAAUUUCUUUUAUUUGUCAGGCGUGGAAAAACCAGGUUAUGGUAUCUUGAUUCUGACGGAUACGGACGAGAUAUACCUCAUACCGCCUACUGUGCCUCCUGUUCAACAGCUUUGGAAAGGAAUACCUGAUAGUCAUGAUACACUUGUUAGAAAGUAUGACGUGAAUCAUAUAUUGAUAGAGGAGGAAUUGUCUCCAUUUAUCCAUAGAAUCAAGCCUACGACCAUCUACACUCUACCCUCUGCCACAAAUACAUUUGACUCCUUUCAAGUAGACAACUUUAGACUGAUCACAGCAAUUCAUAAGGCGAGACUGAUUAAGAGCCCUUGGGAAAUUUCGAAUUUGCGUUACGCAGCUCAUAUCUCCUCACAUGCGCACCUUUCACUCAUGUCACACGUUGCUAAACAAAAGGGCCAAGUGAUCUAUGAAAGCGAACUUGAAGCAAGAUUUAGAUGGAUAUGUGCCAAAAACGGGUUACCAAAGCAAUGUUAUAUUCCCAUUGUAGCCUCGGGACCAAGAGCGGCUAUACUUCAUUAUACGGAUAAUGACAAGGUGAUACCCACUGACCCUCAUGAUCUCAUCUUGGUGGAUGCUGGUGGUGAACGUCAGUGCUAUGGUAGUGAUAUCACCAGAACCUUUCCAGUGCUCGGUAAAUUUAGUCAAGAAGCAAAGGCAAUUUAUAGUAUUGUAUUGCAAGCACAAAAGCGGGUUUUAGCUAGCUUACGGCCUGGUGUGCUUUGGAACGAGAUGAGUCACUUGGCCAUACGCGUUUUAUGUGAGGGACUUUUGAACAUUGGUGUCCUCAAAGGCGAUCUAGAUCAAUUGAUACAAGUCGGGGCAUAUAAGGCGUUUUAUUUUCAUGGUCUUGGGCACUCUGUAGGACUCGACUGUCAUGAUGUAGGAGGACGCGAUAUAGGCAUUUUAACAAGAAAGGGCAAAUCCUUGGAACUGAUGAAUGAGCCUCUUCAGGAAAACAUGGUGAUCACAGUAGAGCCAGGUCUGUAUUUCAACGAUGUUAGCAUUCAAAUGUGGACAAGUUUACCUGAGUACACCAAAUAUUUCGAUUUGAGCAAAAUCGAUCAGUAUCGUCCAGUUGGUGGUGUCCGUAUUGAAGACACUGUGCUGAUUACCAAAGAAGGGCAUGAGAAUUUUACAAUUGUUCCAAAAGAAGUGGACGAUAUUGAAGCCAUUAUGAAGCUUUGA